UCUUGUACUUGAGUAAAGUAGAAGUACCAGAGUGUAGGAAUACUCUGUCACAGUGAAAGUAUUCUAAAUGUUCCUCCAGUGAAAGUAGAAAGUACUCUCCUCUAAAUGUACUUAAAGUAGCGACAGUAAAAGUAGUCAUUGUCUGAUUGGUCCAUUUCAGAAUAAUAUCUCUGAUAUGUUUUAUAAUGAUUGAUCAGUAAAGUGUUCUCAGAGCUGGUAAAGGUGCAGCUAGUUUGAAUGCUUUGUAUACUGCAGGGUAGCUGCUGGAUUUACUGCAGGUGAACUACAGUCUGAUUUAAGGGGAUUAUAUUUACCAUCAGUAAUCCUAAUCUGCCUAGCAACUAAAGGUACUGAAUACAUGUAGUGGGGUAGAAAGUAUACAUUGCAAAACUUUGUGUUGAAUUAGGAGGAGGAAAACAACAAAGAAGACGGAGAGACAAACGAGUGUGAGCGGGGGGGAGGAAGGGAGGAGGAAGGGAGGAGCGUUCACACGGAAACUUCUGCUUUACGGGUUUCAUCAGAGCAGGAAACUAAGAACUCAACCACAGAGAGAGGAGGCAACGAGGGGGAGAAGAAGAAGAGCUGAAGAAGAAGAGUAAGGUGGAACGAAGAAGAGAGAGGAGGUGAAGAAGAGGAGGAGGCGGAGGCCGGAGACUACAAUAGAAGAACAGGAGGAAGCAGGAAGUGAGGACACGGAGGAGGAGGACCAGAGCCGUGAUGGAGGAGGACAUCAGGAAGCAGGGGAUGCUCUUCCUGCAGCAGCAGAGGUUUGGAAAGAAGUGGAAGCGUGUGUGGUGUGUUCUGUUCAGAGAGAGCCCCUGUUCGAUUUCCAGACUGGAGUUCUUUGAGUGUAAAGACGGAGGGAGUGUGGAGAAGAGCGACAAGACUCUACGCAAGCAGCAGGAAAACAAGAAGGUGAUCCGUCUGUCCGACUGUAUCCGGGUCUCGGAGGUGGAGGUGGACGGAUGUCCUCGAGACACCGGACCUUUCCUGAUCGAGACCACAGAGAAGAUUUAUGUGUUCGCAUCGGAGAGGCAGCAGCUGGAGGACUGGACUCAAAAACUGUGUGAGAUUGCCUUCCCUAUGAGUUGGACGGAGGGUGUGAAGAGAGGCAGUUUGCAGAGAGGAAGCAGAGUGGAGGGGGAACAGGAAGUGAUGGAGGACAAUUCUCUGUACAGCUCGCGACACACAGUACGUGACUUCAGAGUGUGUGUGCGCAGGACGGAGGCGUCUGAUCGCUGCCGGCUCAGAGGAGACCGAUUUCUCCGAGCCGAUGUGGACGCGCUCCUCCUGCUGGACAAAACCGGAGCGUUGCUUUACAGUUGGCCCUACAGGUACCUGCGGCGCUUCGGACGGGACAAGUCCACAUUCUCCUUCGAGGCCGGGCGGAGGUGCGACUCUGGGGAGGGGAACUUCGAGUUCGACACCAGGGAAGGGAACUUCCUGUUCCAGGCGGUGGAGGCGGCCAUCGACCUGCAGCGGAAUUCCCCCCCCCAGAGACAGACCUCUGGUGGGGGGCCCAUGAGUCCAGACACCCCCCAGGACAUGAACCUGCCAUCCCUGCCCCUCAACCCGCCCCUGGUCAGGACCCCUCCGCUGCCUCAGAUCCGCAGCCAUAUCCAACAAUCCCCUGCUGCUCAGACGGAGGACGGGGUAUACAGCUUGGUGACUGACACUCCUAAUCUGCAGACGCUUCAUUUGAAGGACAAAGAGAGCUGCUCCGCUGCACAGCGCCCCCUGCUGGUGAAGCUCGUCAGGCUUAUAGAGCACUACAGGGAGGACGUUUUUUUUGUAGGCCGACCUGGAAUCUCGUCUGGAGCCUCGGUGGAUAAAGCUCUGACGGCCGUAAAGAGUCUGUCCCUGGACCCUCGCGGGGCCCCGGCCCCCCGUAAGAGCCAGGUGAAGAUGAUCUCCAGCUGCCCGCUGCCUGACAUGUACUCUCAGGUCACCCUGCUGGCGGAACCUGGCCGCAGGGAGAAGAGGACCCCUGCCCCCCACCAAGACCCGGAGUACUCCCUCCCCUUCGACAUCAUCGCCUUGAAGGUCCUGUCCGACCUGCAGAUCCGGGCCCCCCCCUCCGAGCACGACCCGCUCUACGACAGCAUCGACGAGAUGAAGAUCCGGAACGUGUUCCCGGGCGGCGCCGAGCACAUCUACGACGAACCCGAGGGCCGCGCCCGCCCCUCGCACAACCUCCCCCCCUUAGUAUACGACGAACCCGAGGAGAUGAGGGGGGGCGCCUGGAGGGUCAUGGGAACCGCUUCUGACCCGAAAGGUCAUGAGUUCCCGUACAACCCCCGGGUGGACGACUAUGCCGUGCCCAAACGAGCACAGAGGGCACUUCCUGUUGGCACCAACGAAGAAGAAAAGCAGCAGAGGGAGGGGCCACAGGAGGAGCAAGAGCUUAAUGAAGAGGAGGAGGAGGAGCCAAAUGAGGAAGAUGAGGAACCAUACUCUCCAUACAACAACGUGAUGUUGAAACAGCUGUGAGCCGAAACAGAGCCCUGCGAGGUGAACAACAACAACCACAACAACCACAACAACAACAACAACCACAACAACAACAACAACCACAACAACCACAACAACCACAACAACAACCACAACAACAACCACAACAACCACAACAACCACAACAACAACAACCACAACAACAACCACAACCACCACAACAACCACAACAACCACAACAACAACCACCACAACAACCACAACAACCACAACAACAACCACAACAACAACCACAACAACCACAACAACCACAACAACAACAACCACAACCACCCCAACAACAACAACCACCACAACCACAACCACCCCAACAACAACAACCACAACAACAACAACCACAACAACAACCACAACAACCACAACCACAACAACCACCACAACAACCACAACAACCACAACAACAACCACAACAACAACAACCACAACCACCCCAACAACAACAACCACCACAGACACGGAGCUGUACAUUUAUAGGGAAACAUGUGAAAAACGUUUGAAUCUCAAAGGUCUGCGGGAAACUAGGAGAAGUCACAAAGCGACUCAAAGGAACUUCCUUCUCUCUGAGAUUAAACGGCAUGACAGCGUCAGAGAUCCUGCAGAUUACCUGAGCCUUCUAAAGUCGUGCAUUAUCUUAAUAUAUAAUAUAACCUGAGACCACAACAUUAUGAAACCACAGACGAGAUCAAAGUCGUUCAUUCACAAAUAGCUUGAAUAUUGUCGACUCUUAUCUCAGAAGUGUUCCUCUUUAAUCUCAGAGAACAUCCACUGGUUUAAUUUGACGGUUUAAAUGUGUGUCCUGUAAAUGUGUGAGUUUGGGAAUAUUUAGUCUUAGUUUAUAAUCCGGGAAUCAUUUCUCUGUUUUCAGUAUAAAUCACUUAUUUCUUCUCUCAGGUUUCCUGCUGUCAAACGUUCUUUCAGAACUGCUUUUUUAAAUGUUUAUUCAAACACAUGUCGGAAUGAACAUUGAGAAGAGUUUCAGGCGACAGUCAGCUCGACUCGGAUCCCCUCUAGGGUCCUAUAGGUGUUAGUGCAUGUUAACGGUCUGCAGAGGCUCAAAUCCCUGUGUCUAUGUGAUAGGCGAAGGGGCGGGACAUCUCUAAGCAGUUGACCAAUCACAACAGAGCAGACUGGGCUCUGGUUUCAGACAGAGGGUGAGAAGAGGAGCUGCAGCACAGGCAGUGUCUCUGAGCAUUAGAUAAAGCAGAACAGAAGAAGGACUCGUCAGAAGCAGACGGUUCAUCAAACUUCCAUUUCUAACUUUGAUCAGAUAUUAUAUAUUUGAUCAAAUAUUCUAUCAACCAAACCUGGCGUUGUGUACAGACGGAUAAGAUCUCUGUAAAUCUGAAAUAAAUCCUAUUCACACCGA